AAAGCGGCAUUGAGGAAGAUCCACGUUUCCCAUGAUGCAGUGCGGUAAAGACCCGGCGGGGACAUUCAAAACUAUGGCAGAAGUUUCGAAUAUAUUUAAACCAAUACCAAACUCAGAAGACACGGACAAUGCGUCCACUACUAACAUAGGAGAAAAAGAAAUAAAGAGGUGCCUCUCGUUUUCGUCAGAAAAAGAUUUUAGUUCAUCGGAGGAACCGAAUAUGACACGUAAAGACUCAACGUUACAGAGUGUUCCCGACAGCUCCAGUUCAUGCCGACUCUCUGCGGAAAUCGCCGAACAGCUCUCACCACCGGCUGUACACACACGUUUAAAGGCGAAAAAUGCAAUUGAAUUGUGUGAUGUCUCCUCUGAAUAUCCACUAAAUUCAAAACAGCAGAGUGCAAACGAUACCGAGGACAAGGAAAACAACGCUGCGCCCUUUACAACCACUACUCAAGAUAAUACCCAAGAAGAAGACACUUCUGGUCAGAGAAGUUUGCAAGAUUCCAAUGUGACUGCCAGUAAACAUCAUGACACAGAGGACAGUGAUGAGGUGAUAAGAAGAGCACAAGAGGAAGGCUGUGUGAAUGUUGUCUUCCCAGGCACUGUAACUCAGGAAGGCUGCUGCCGCUUUGUCAGUGAGAUCCUCAAGUGCAUUCUUUAUCAGCGACAGCAGCUACCCAUGACAUAUGACCAGCUGGUGUAUUCCCAGAAGAAACAGCAGGCCUCAUUGCAGGAUAAAGAUACAGUGAGUCGGAGGCCGGUGCAGUCUGUAGAUAUGGACUGGCGGAAAUGUCAACAAACCCUUCAGGAGCUAGAGGAGGUUCUGCAGCAGCUGGAGGUGCUGUUUUCCCUUAGCAGGGUGCCCCGUGUGCUGCUCCUAAUGGGUGGCUCCAUCGUCCUGCCCAAAGAGCUGUAUGAGAUCAACAUGGAGGCUCUAGUAUUGGCUGGUGGAGAUCAAAGUCUACGGGUAUCCUCAUGCUUAAGGCAACUCUUCCGCACUCUUUUUGUGGCUGACCUUUUGUCUGACACCAGACCUGUUCGUUUAAUGCCCACCACAGUCUUAGUACUGGCUCACAGGGAUUGUGGCGUAGGGUGGUUCCGCCCUAAACUACAAUUUAAAGUGCCAACUCGUGUGAAGAACCAAAUUAUUGCUUUGUCUUCUGAUCCCAGCGCCUGUAAGGAACCCAGGGCUGACAGGUCAGACUGGCAGGAUUAUGUGUGGUUUCAGGCACCCAUGACUAUUAAGGGCUUCAGCAACUGACCCAAAAAGUUAAAUGCAUAGUCAGAGAGUGGAGAUCUCCCUUUGUAAACUACAAUAACAAUUUAAUGGUGAAUCAAGUGAAUUUGGGAUUGAGCUGUAUAUAUUUUAAAGAAUUAUGUUAAUUUUUUUAAAAACUUAAUUAAAAAUGCGUUGAUGCAAACAACAGUGGUUCCAUUGACACAAACAGUAUGGUGUAUUAUCCUUUUUUAUUGUGCUCUGAAAUAUUGAGAAAAUGUGUUUGGUGCAAUAUAUUUUUAACAAGAAUAACUUGAGAGGUUUGAUACAUUAUAUUGCUUUUUUUUAAAAUCCAAUAUGUGGAUGCUUUGGAUUGCCAGUUUCAUCUGUGUAUAUGUUUACAUUUAUUAAAACUUUAAUAUGAUUUCA